ACAAUAACCAAUGUCAUCGUGGUGCUGAGGCUUUUGCAAACCAAAAAUGUCUGCCUAAGGGAAACUCGUAACUGAUAUAUAUAGAGGAUAUUUUACACACGUAUUGCUGUGUAAACCCACAUUUCGCUCUUUUGAGGCGUAUUGCAAGAAAGCGAGCCUUCACCAGAUCACCCUAGUCGGGAGUUUAAUCGGCAGAAAGGUUUCUAGAUCGCCAGGAUGAAUCCUCAGCAGCGGAUUGCCGCUCUCGGAACAGACAAGGAAUUGAGUGACCUGCUGGAUUUUAGUGCGAUGUUCUCUCCACCUGUGAGCGGAGCGAAGAACAGGCCCACCACACUGGGAAGCAGUCAGUUCACUGCAUCAGGUAUGGAUGAGCGGACCAACCAAGCGUCUUGGACCCCAGGUGGCGAGCCCAGUCCCUCCUUUGAGUCCUCCCGGGGUUUUGCUGACAGCCCUCAUUACGGCGAUCAUUUGAGUGACAGUCGAUUAGUGUCCCAUGAAGGAUUGUCCCCAACACCUUUCAUGAACUCGAACAUAAUGGGUAAAUCAGAGAGGGCUCCGUUACCUGGCUAUGGGAGGAAUCCUGGAGCAUCUGGCGGCCAGUCUUCUUCUGUAAGGUCGGACGCUGCGUUGGCGAGUCCUAGUCCAGUGACCCCGUCCAGGAAGUCAGCUGCUCCUUUUUACCCUUUCACUGCAGCCAAUCCUAGAAGACGUCCUAUACAAGAUCCUCCGCCCGUCGAUCCUCAACAAACAAAAAAGGUUCGGAAGGUCCCUCCUGGCCUGCCUUCAUCUGUGUACGCACCAUCUCCAAACUCAGAAGACUACAACAGAGAUUCCCCUUCUUACUCUUCUCCUAAACCCUCCAGCAGUAUGUUUCCAAGCACUUUCUAUGAUGGUACCCACAGUUCGUCUGACCCUUGGAAUUCGUCCAAUGGGAUCAGCCAGCCCAGCUAUGGGGGAAUGUUGGCUGGAACUUCAUCUCACAUGCCACAGUCUGGAAACUACAUCAACCUGCACGCACAUGACCGUUUGAAUUACCCUGCACACUCAGUCUCUCCAGACAUCAAUGCCAGUCUUCCUCCCAUGUCCAGCUUCCACCGAAGCAACAACAGCACUUCACCAUUCGUCACCGCAGCGCAUACCCCGUCCGUCAACACAGCCGAUGGGGUCAUGGCUGUUGCAAAUCGGGGGAACACCACUGGAGGCACACAGACUGGAGAUGCGUUGGGCAAGGCUUUAGCCUCGAUUUACUCACCUGACCACACUAGCAGUAGUUUUCCAUCCAACCCGUCGACACCUGUGGGUUCUCCUUCACCUAUGACAGUCACAGCGGGUGCUGCCUCAGCAGGUACCGUGGUGACUGCUGCCGGCACCCCGUCUGGAAGGCCAGGUACCAACCAGUGGCCUCGCGAUGGUGGACAGACCCCCUCCUCUCCAAAUUAUGAGCACUCCCUUCACUCACUGAAAAACAGAGUUCAUCAGCAGUUACAUGAGCAUCUCCAGGAUGCCAUGUCUUUCUUAAAGGAUGUCUGCGAGUCUCGAAUGGAGGAUCGUCUGGACAGACUGGAUGAUGCAAUCCUAGUUCUGAGGAACCAUGCAGUGGGCUCCACCGCCAGUCUGCCCGGCGACCUACAUAGUCUGCUGGGACAGGCACAAAAUGGGCCAAUGGCAGCCCUUGCUGCAAACUUCCCUGCCUCUGCAUUGGUGCCAAGUCGGACAGCAGCGAUGGGUGGUGCCCACGCUGACGAUGCUGCCAGCCUCAACAACAGCCACGGAGGCCUGCUCAGCGCCAGCUCCACAUCCAGCACAGAACUCAACCACCAAUUGGAAACUUUCAGAGGUCUUGCUUCAGCCCUGGCUGGCCAGUUGCCUGCCGCCCUGGGGCUGAAGUUGGAGAAGCUGGACAAGGACAUGAACGAUAACCUCUCCAUCGAUGACAAGUCAGAUGAUGAGAGCGACAGAAGAGAUAUGAUGACACCCAGAGGAGGCACACGCACGAGUUCUUUCUCCCACAGCAUCACUGAGGACGAGGACCUGAAUCCGGAGCAGAAGGCCGAGCGUGAGCGCGAGAGGAGGAUGGCUAACAACGCCCGCGAACGCCUAAGGGUGCGGGACAUCAACGAGGCCUUUAAAGAGCUGGGUCACAUGGUCCAGGUGCACCUGAAAAGUGAGAAGCCCCAGACUAAACUGCUCAUCCUCCAUCAGGCUGUGGCUGUCAUACUUAACCUGGAGCAGCAAGUCAGAGAGCGGAAUUUGAACCCCAAAGCAGCCUGCCUUAAGAGAAGGGAGGAGGAGAAAGCGUCUGGGGGCUCCGGUGACGCCCACAUGGGGCACCAUCCCGGCCUGGCUGACACAUCUAACCCCAUGGGCCACCUCUGAGCAGCAGACAGAUCAAAGUGAUCCACAUCAUUUCUGUCCCGUUUGAGUCGUGACCUUGCUUCUCAGUGACUGACAGGACUCACAGUUUGGGACAUCAAUCGAAGGAGACAGACCACUUGAAGCGAAACUACGAGACUAACACAAUCCAAUCCUCAAAGAUUGAAGAAGAUCCAAGCGAAGCGUCCAGCUCCCUGUGACCAGUUUCCAUCUGCAAAUUUCUCCCCACAAAGAAAAAAUCUUCAGCACAUAUCACUGUCUGCAAGAAGUGUUGUUGCUUCUGAACAAUCAGAGACUUCGCAAUCUCCUCCAACCGUACGUGGAAAUUGCCUUGUGCCUAAACUGAAUAGACAAAUGCAUUGUAACAGCAAAUCUUUUUUCGUUUGUCUGUUUCUUUUUUUUUCUUCUAUUUAUUAUGUUACUGAGCUAUAAAGUGUAUGUCUAAAGGGAAAGUUGAGCAAAUUCAAAGAGAAGUAUGCAGCUUUUCAGUUGAUCUAUAGUUUGCCAGUGUCACCAUUAAAACUGAGCUAAAUCUUUGGCGAGUCCGAGAUGAAGGGAAAAUAUUUGGGCACAGAGAAGAUUAAUUUAUUGGCCAGUUUAGAGCGAUAUUUAUACCCAACUGAAAAUGAUCAUUUGCUGUUAGAAAUGAAGACGCACCCGUCCCAUUUAAAAAAAUAAUUAAAAAAGAGGAUAUAUUAUUUAUAUUUAUAUUUAAUUCAUACUGCCACUGACCACACGUGUAACCAAAACUACCUAUGUUUGUUUCUGUGUAGUUUAGAUCGGUUCCUGUGCCGCUGACCUCUGGAAUAAUCGGCUCGACUAUGUCAGCAUAAGCAAUAUUUUCUACAAAGGUGGCAGACGAAUGGCAAACUCUAGGUUUACUGAAAGCUCAAAUGUAGUUGUGUUUUUUUUUUCCUCGGUAAGGAGCAGUGAAAAUACAGAGAGCAAAAUAUUUGCAAACCUUAGCAUUCCCUGCAUAUUUUUAGUGUCUUAACUAAAAGAAAGGGGACUUCAUUGCCCUUCCCUUUGCCAUAUAGUGUUAAAUGUAAGCAGUGAUAUAUUUUUGCAGAUUCUUUGUCUUUGUUUAGCCUCCUGACACUUACGUGCUCCUGACGUCAGCAGAGAAGUGACUUUUCUUUGUGUCAUUUCCCCGCCAGCAGCUUCUCAGAGAUUGCUUGAUUAAUAAAAAGACGACGACCACACUUUCUCCUGGCCUGACGAACACAUCCCUUCAUUUUUUUAAUAUCUCAUUUUCAAAAGCAGUUAUAUUUGACUAAAACAUGUAUGCUUAUUUGUGUUGUAACAAGUCAUUUCUGUAGCCUUCCAGCAUUAUCAUGUCCAGUUUCAGUCGGCGGAGAGAACUUCUAAGUUAUUUUUCAGUUCUGUUUUCAUCCAAUAUACAAUAAGCCAGACGAGAUAUUUCAUGCAUUUUGUUGAAUAUCAUAGAACUGUAGCACAAUAAUGAACAACAACUCUUACCAGGAUUAUUUUUCUUUUAUGUUUUAAGACAUUAUUCAUGGCUUCUAUUUGUUUUUCCUAUCAGUGUGCAUGAUUUACGUUUGUCUUUUGGUCUUAAGACUUGCUUUAUAUUCCAUUUAUGUCUUUGUAUCUGUUCUUCUAUCAUUAUCUACACCUUAAACAAGACUGCCACAUUCAGAAUGACUAGACUGUACAAAAUAUAAACUAGAAUAAAAGAAGCCACACUAAGAGUUUACAUUAAAGAUUUAUGAUUUAAAAACGUUGAUUUUGUUAAGAAAAAACACCUAUAUUUUGUGUAUUCUCUGCCUAAAUGUGGCCCUGUUCUUCCUUUCAGUAUUUAUGUCGGCAGACUUUGAUUGAGGGUAUUACGUAUGUCACUUCCAGCUCUUUUCUUUUUUAAAUUUCAUGUUCUUCCUAUAUUUGUUUGCCAAGUUAGACUUCCCAGAUGCUUUCCCUUGUAUAAUAUAUGAGAAAAAAAUGAAAAUCAAAAAGAAAAAAAAAACAUUUGGCUUAUUUUUCACUGUAGUUUAGUCUUUUAUACAAUAAUACUGUAAGAAUAUUUCUUGAAUUCUAAAUAUUACUCUUUCUAGAUUUUUGAAAGCAAAGGUUUUGAGUAAAAAGUUUCUUACUUUAUUUUACUAUAUUAGAUAGUAAAACGUACGGUUAUUUACAAUAGCCUGUCCAUGAUUACGAUUCAAAUUUACAAAUGGCAUCUCAAGAAUGUAGUUGAAUUGUUGCUCGUAGUUUAGAACUUCAAAAGGCUUCGUACGAGCUUCAGAUUCCUAAAAGUGCGACCUUAAUUGUCCAGUCUCUCGUGGUUGAUUGAUUAAAGAUUUGUUCUUGUUUUAAAUGAAAAGGUAUUGUUGAUACACAUAAAAAAAAAACUGCGGCAACAAGAAUUUGAAUUUUCUGUCUUUUUCCACAGAAAAACACAAUGUAUAUAACAUUUAUGUUGCAAUAAAUGUGCCAUCCUUUUUUAAACUCAA